AUGGCCCAAAACCAGAACGUGAACGUGUGGCGUGCCACGCACAUCCUCCUCUACACCUGCACCAUCGGGACAUCGCUGGGCGCGCUGCUGAGCUACCGCAACAUGAACUCGAGCCUGGAGACGACCAUGAGCAAGUGCAUGCUCUACACGCAGCCCUGGGUCGAGCUGAACGUCAAGACGGGCAACUGCCGCAUCGACCUGGCGCGCACCGAGUGGGGCGGCGACGGGCUCUGCAACUUCGUGCUCUUCUCCAUGCUCGCAUCGUUCGUGUACGGCGUCAUCUCCGUCUGGUUCUUCAUCAUGUGCGCGCCCAGCCGGAACUUACCCGAGGACGACAGCUUCGUGCACGUGUGGAAGAUAGUGCCACCGGCCACGGCUCUGAGCACCAUUCUCGCGCUACUCACUCUCAUUAUGGCCUGGCUGGUGACCAGCGGUGUCAACACCUUUUUCUACGAGCUCGAGUUACGCGUCCUGAGGAAUUGCACCACCCGUGCGGGCGGACCCGCGGCCUGGGAAAACGAUAGCGUGGCCACGCUCUACAACGAAAGACUCACGACGCAGAUCUUCGUGUGGCUUAUCGUGCUCUGUUGGGUAAUGGCGGCCUUGUCCCUUGUCUGCCGCUGCUUGACGGCUGCCGACUUUGGCGGUGGCGGAGUGAGUGUGCACCCUGGCGGUGAAUUGAUCUCCUAUCUCGGUGGCUUUCUGUCCUCGCUCUACCGGAACAGACGGGAGCCUGCAGCCGCCACGGCUCGGGUGACUGCCAGGCAGCGUCCUACGCUGGAGCAGCAAAGGCAGGUGUGA